GCGGGUGGAUGCCCCACAUGUAGGAGCAGCAAUCAACCCAAUAUUUGACGGCAAAACACCAUUUGUAAUGACAGAAUAUGUCGGUGAAAAGCUACACAAACCUUUGUACUCAGAUAUAGACCCGAAAAAUACCAUUGGACGCAUGCAUAGAAAUCGUGGAUCAUUUGGAAGAAAUUGCUUUGAGACCAUGAGUUGCAGAUGGGGGACGGAGCUGUGGGUACGUAGAACUGCGCAAAUAUUUUCGUUAUUUAACUUAUUCUAACUCUUGCUUUUAUCUGAUGGACAACCUUUCAAUAUUUUCCGGUACAAAGUAUUUGUGUAUGUCUUUGCAAUAAGGUAGCGAGCGAGCUUAAAGCUCCUGCUACCACGAUGCUUAUCUGCGCGUGCAUGCAGCCUUUAUUAUCGGAGGUAUAGGCUAGUAGUGGCCGAUUCUAUACUGGGUCGACUGUUGAACGGUUGGCUACAGCAUCGGGUUUUACAGUCUCGGUGAUGGAUAUAUUUGUUAUGAACCUCAAUGUCUAUCCCCCAUGUUGCCUACGUGAAAAGCUGUAGUUGCUUACACUAUCCUUUCUUAUUAACCUAUUACAAUCACUAAACCAUUGCAAAUGGGGUCCAUACCACUGGUCUAUACUCUGCAGACACAGUAACUACGCUACAGCGUGUAGCCUAUAGCUACAUAGUAGCGACUCUGGCAACAUGUUUAAUUUGCAACGUUGUAGCGAGCGCGGUAUUGUAGGCAACGCAUUUUGGAAUGUGUUUCUUCCCAGCUAUCUGUCUUAUGUCACCUUAUAAUAAUAAUAAUAAUAAUAAUAAUAAUAUAUGAAAUAGCUAUUGAGACUCUAGAACAGCGAAUAACAUAGGUUGAACGUAUUCUCAGACACGACGUUUUUGCGCUCACAAAAUGACCUAUUGCAAAUCUCAGAGGGUGACAUCCAACAUAACGAAUUCAAUAUUUGCAACGAUUGUUUCCUGUUGAAAAUGGAAUCUAGGCCUAUAGUUGAAUAGGAUUGCUUUUUUGUUUUAUUAAGUGGCCUAGAUGUGGCAGCCUACGUGUAUGCACAAAUAGGCUAUUGAAUGCAUUGCAUAGAUGCAAAAGGAACCCGCCACCACAUUGUUCAUUUGAGUGCACAACAUAUCAUAAAUAUCCCACGGCGCUGACUGAAUGCCAAUAGUCCUAUUAUGUUCACAAUUUGCUUCCUGUAUCUUAUGUUGUAGGCCUACAUACAAUAGUAGCUGUACAACAGCAUAAAGUAAAGUAGUAGCAGAGUUACAGACCUAGUGUUGCAACAAAGACUGAUGUAGACUCUAUCCUUCUCUAAUUUAACCAUAAUAGCUAAUUUCUAAUAAUAAGUUAUUUAGGAAGAAACGCCACUGAGAUGCUCUGACUUACAGGAGCAAUUAUAGUUAAGUGCCUUGCUCAAGGGCCCAUCGGAAGUAUUGUCACCCAGUCGGCUUGGGGAUUCGAAAUGGCAACCUUUUGGUUACUGGCCCAACGUUCUUAACCACUAGACUACCUGCCACUUCAGAGCCAGUGUAGCCAGGGCAAGCUAUUUGUUGUGAGUUUGAGAAUUAACUUGGGGAUAUUUCUUUGUUUAUAUAAUUUAUUCUUAUUUAAUUUUCUGUCUCUUUUCUUACAGGACCAGUUUGACAACUUGGAAAAGCACACCCACUGGGGCAUUGAGUUUGUGGAGAGGUAUACAAAAUUUGUCAAAGAGAGAUCUGAAAUUGAAAUCAGCUAUGCAAAGCAAAUCAGGUAAGGCUGGGAAAACAUGACCCUCUUCACUCCCCAUUUUGAUACUGUCUGUCUCUAAUGGCGGAGGUGUGACUACUGCUUGAGUACAGGACUACUAAAACAUGUUUAGUUGAUUUUAGUAACUUUGAUAAAACACUACAGAGCCUGUAUCACCAAUGUCGCCUAAGUCAUGCCACAAUCAAGUGCAAUGAGGUAAUGCUCACAAAGAGUGACAAAAUAAUCUCUGGUAUUCAGAUUUGUAUCAACAUUUCUGACAUGCAUACACAAGGGUCCAGUGGUACAGUAUAAUAAUAUUACGUGGGCCAGCUGUUGCUCUAUUCUAUCACUGCACUGUCUUGGGUCAGGUGGUUGUUGUAAUUUAAAGAGAAUGCCUUCUCAAUAACCUACCUGCUUAAAUAAAGGGCACAAAUAAAUGUAUGAAUAUCAGCCCACUUCAAAGUGAUGUUCUAAAUUCAGAGGUGAAUGUAGGCCUACCUAAUGGUGGUAGUUUAUGUAUCAACAAAGUGAGAUGGAUUAGUACAGAUACAGGCCUUUAACUCAGUACAACCGGAAGUGUAGGUCGCGUAUGUAACGCAUUACCAUGGUUACUAGGUUAUCCAUAGCAAUGACCCACAUUUGUUUUCCUCCAAUGGUCUUGGGAGCUUCCCACUGUAUAAUAUGGCAGUACUUGCCAGACAGUGAUAGUCACUGACGGAGCAGUCCCCGGGGACAGUGGAUGAGUUGCAUCGCUAUCUGCCAUUCACUCACCAAGGAAUACACAGCAGCAAAUUCCUGCAUGCAUAAUCAACCAACAUCAACCUUGUAUCUGGAGAACAUUUUAAGGGGUUUUCUGUGCCUCAGCAAUAGUGCUGCUCUGAACUGGAUUGUCCUUUGGGUGUGUUUUGUUCUCCAGCCAGUAUCACUAAUGGCACCAUUUUACAUUGCAUAUGAGGUGUUUUGUUAAAUUGUGACUUUUCUUCACCAGCCAUAAUAGAUUUGAAUUCUUUACAUAUGUUGAUGUUACAGUUGAUAGUAUAUUGAUUUAGGAAACCAUAGACUAUACACAUCAGAAUAUGGAGGGCACGGAUUGGACACUGAAUGGAGUUAUUAAGCCUUUUUAAUUAGGCAAAAAGCCCCAAAAGACAAGCAGGGGUUUAAACUGGCCUGAGAAGACAGACUAGGGUCUUGUUAGUCAUUUUAUUUCCAAAGGGUUAACAUGAAUCUGGGCGUAUGGGAUUUGCACCAUGUGCUGUGGUGUCAGGAUCCAGAUUUGUCAUGUGGCUGCAAGCAGACAAAGAGGUGGCUGGCACGUCUGGCAAUCUGCCUAGCAACACAUCAGAAUAGAUGGUCUGGAGCAGAGCACAGUGAGUGGAGGCUACCAGUGAUUUAUGGGGAGAAAUGCAUUCCGGAAUUCUUGCCUCUGUAUCUGCUUACGAUAGUCCACUCAGAGGAUGCAUAUUAUAUUACAUGAUAUGAAAUAUCUUACAUUUUUCAUUGUUUCAUUGUACAGAUAGUAUGAUGAUAUUUCAAGAUGAAUCUUGCACAUACAGUUGUGCUUUCAAAGUAAGGCUCUAUCCCCAGUUGGAUGAAUCAUCCUGAGUUUCACAUUAAAGCUAAGGGAUGACUUCCUGACACAGUGCCUCUCAUGCUGCUCUUUCUUGUCCAAUCACGCUGUUGUUCAUAGAGAUGUGUGCAUAUGAGGCCCAGAUGCAGAGGUAAACCGAGGAUAAUCUGUCACUUGUCAGGAUAAAAAUUCUAGUUGCCCAUUACAUACAUCAGGCCCGUCCAUACAUCAACAGCUUGUGCUUUUGACAUCCUGUCACUGGGCGCCCCUUCCCCAUGAGUGCACAAAUAUACAAUAUCUUUGUUUACACAUGUCCCUCUGUAUCUCUCCACAGUUCCUCAUUUACAGUGUAUUGCAUGUUUUCCACACCUGUACUGAAUUAUUUUCCCAUUCCCUAACAGAAACCUCUCGAAAAAAUAUCAGCCCAAGAAAAACUCAAGAGAGGAAGACGAAUACAAGUGAGUGAAAUGUGAACGCAUCAAGGAUUAAUGUUCACUGUAUCAGGUUGACCAUGCACAUUAAUGUGGCUAUUAUUUUUGUGAUUAAUUCAUAAAGUCAUGUAAUCAAUUCUCUGAUUUCCCAUCUCCGCUCAUUACCGGCUGUUAGUGGGUAAACAUAGCUGUUUCAGAUUAACAUGGCUAGACUUUCAUGGCUUGCAGUGAAACACUCCAUAUCUGCCCUGGAGGUUACUGUGUAGCUAAAGCCAAGGUUAUUUCCAGAAGGAUACUUUUUUUCCAUCAAGAAGUUAUCCUUCGUUGUAUGUGCAAAACAGUUGGACAAUUCCAAGACAUGUGCAUAGUGACUGUUUGAAAGAAAAUUAGAGACUUUUCUUAAGGCAAGGGAGGAAGCCUUUGAAGGAAGUAGUGCCAGAUGAGAGGGGAAGGUCUAUACGGACACUCAUGACACUUAAACCGACUAGCCACCCUGAGCCUAAUCCUUACCCUAACCGUGACCUAAUUUUAACCAAUUCUGAAAUGAAAUAUCGGUUUAAGCAUCAGGGGUGUCCAUAUAGCCUUUUCCAGAUGAGGGUGUUAUCCGUGGCUUAUUUCCCCACUUAGUCACAAAAUCACAAAAAUAGAAUUCUAAGUAUGUCCUGUCGUUCGAAGACCCUGUCGAAGUGGUCUGUAAAUUCUAGAAUUUUGAAUAUUAUAUAGUCCAUAAUAUACAGUACUUAUCAAUUUUUUUCUUUUGAUAUUAUAUGACCAAAUAUAUUCCUCUCAGAUAAUGGAAUGUGCUGAUGAUCUUCUGUACAAGUGUGACGUUAAUAUUUCUCAGGAUGUAUAAUAAUAAAGCUGUCGUGAUUAAAUGUGAAAAAAGUUUUUCAACAUGUUUCGUGGUCACGUCUCGUCACCAGGUACACGUCCUGUCGGGCCUUCCUGAUGACCCUGAACGAGCUGAACGACUAUGCGGGACAACACGAGGUCAUGGCUGAGGAUCUCACCACUCACAUCAUCUGUGAGCUGACGCGAUACAUCCAGGAGUUGAAAGCAGAGAGGAAAUCGGUAAAACAUCCCUUUUCCUGUGCAUCGCUCAUUCAGACAUUAAUUGAACUCUCCCAGAUCAUGAUCAUUGGCAGCUCAACCAUUUUGUGGUGAGGCUAUCCAGAGAUUAUGGAUAUCACAUGAUCUGAACGAAACCAGCCAAUCCCUGGUCAACCAGUGGCGGCUCUGCACGGUGCUUUGGAAAAACAUAACAAUCAGAUCAACAAAUGUGCAAAUGCCAUUGCUUGAGCAGAUGCAAAAAUGCUAUUAUGUCAUUUGUGAUUGUCAUUGCUCUGACCGACACAGCCAGGGAUCAAGCUGAUAAUCUGUUAUGAUGUUGAUCAUCAUUUUACACCGCCCCAUCCAAUAAAUCCCGGGGAUAGAACUGGGUCAAGUAUCCAGGUCAAUGGAUUGGAAGCAGGUUGACCCUACUGCCCCCACCCAUCCAUAGUAGCCUCCACUGCUGAUAAGUGGACCAGGCCUCUGUCUGGAGCUGGGUGGCUGGAACUAAUAUGACGUGGGGGUGUGUAUGACGAGAGCAAUGUGUAACAGCCCCCCACCCCACACACACACAGACACACUUUUGUAAGGUUUUGGCCUCGUCUGACAGCAUGUCUUUGACCAUGGCUCAGCUCAGAGCAAGAGAGUUAGUCCUUUUUUGUUUUUUGAAACCAGCUUAUUUCAGUCCUACCAUUCCUGUUGCAUUAUUUAGAUUUUCUAACCUGUAGUAAAGGUAGCUUUGAUCGAUAGCUCACUCCGAUGUAUGUUUUUUCAUUCAUAAAAUUCCCAACCAGAACAUGGUGUAGUUAAAUGAGGUCCUGAUACCAGGAAUUGAACAUUAGCUUUGAAAGCCACACCAAUGGUUUACGUCUCCUAUCAUUUAAAUUCAACUCACAACAAAAACAGAAGUGCCUUUUGAGUCUUCAGUGAGACUCUGUAAGUGCCCUUGGAGGUGGUUGUAUAUGCUGUGAGGAGCAUUACAUUAGUCAAGAAUAAGCACAUCAGCAAAUCACUUUAGUCAGUGUAGUUUUGGCUCAGUAGUUUUGAUUCUAUGGAAUGGCUAAGGAGUAGAUGUGUCUUUUUGUUGGGGAUGUUGUAGUCUACAGUGUGUAGCUCUUUCAUUCAUCAUAAUGAGUGUCAUAAUAUAUUUCAUAAGAGAUGUAGAAGUCUCUUGACUGUCUAGUUCUAGAUACUAAACUGUUCAGCGUUCAAACCACAAAUGAUUCUACUGCUGUUUAUGCGUCCUUUAACAGAUUAACAUUUAUUUUUAUUUUUACAGCAUUUCCAUGAUGGCCGCAGAGCUCAGCAACACAUUGAGAAUUCUUGGAAACAACUCGAAUCCGUAAGUGUCCUCCUGAGGUAGAAGUAAUUGAAGAGAUACACCACUGAACCAUUCCAACUUUACAUGUGAAUUGCCUCUCCUCAGAGUAAACGGAGAUUUGAGAGAGACUGCAAGGAGGCGGACAGAGCCCAGCAGUACUUUGACAAGAUUGAUGCUGACAUCAACGUGACUAAAGCGGACGUUGAAAAAGUAAGUUAUAGACUGACGUAGAAAUGUUCACUCCUACCCACAAUUGACUUGACCUCAUCACGUGUGUGUGCGUGCGUGUGUGGGCCCACGCGCAUGCGUGUGUGCGUUUGGCGCCUGUAGGUGGGUGUAUGUGUGUGAAUGUGCAGCUACUCUUAGUCGCCACGCCACUCCACUCCCACUCAUGAAGCUGUGAACAUGGUUUGCGUGGCAACAGCUUCACUGACAAGAGAAUGCUGUGGCCCUCUUGGAAGUGGGGUUGGAGCCAAAUAUGAAUCACUGCUGGUAGACAAGGGUACAGUGCUUCAUGGCGCUCCAGCUAUGGGCUUUUCUCAUUGUUCCCUCUAAACUCAAUGCCUCAGAUGCUAACCAAGCCAUGUUACUGUACCAGUAUAAUGCCGAUUCCAAAAUACAGUGCUAUUAUUUCAGUAUUGAGUAGAAAACAUCAACAUUGCCCUUUCUGUCAGUCGUGAAAGAACAUGCCUAGAAUGUUGUUAUUUUAGACCUUAGAGUUAUAUGAUUCCUUACCCUGACAGGAGUCUAUGGGCCAGGAGAGACUGUAAUCCAAGGUUUAGAGUUUAAACAGCCACUGCUAAUUCCAGCUAACAUAAGCCAUCACUAACCAAAAGAUGGGGGCAAAGGGUUGAUUUCAGUUGAUUUAGCCAUGACAUUUUGACAUUGCACAGUUGCCUGCAAUUGUACAAAGAUGCAAACAGUUUGCAAACCUUCUCAGGCACUAUUGACAUCACGCAGUGAAAUGUACCACCUAAUGUACAAGUCAAGAAUCUCAGAAAGCUAACAUGGACUAACCUAAACAGAAUAAAUUAUCAUUAAACGUUAAUAUACAUUUUGCGUGUCAGUUACUGUUGUACAAAGUCACCUUUUCUAUGAAAUUUGGUGAAAACCAUACAAGCAAUGCCAUAGUCAAAGUAUUAAAAAGUAUAUUCCACAUAGUUCAAGCCUUUUUGCAGUCUAGUAAGCAAUGCCAUAGUUCACUACAUAUUUGUCGCCAAACCCACUGGCUCCAGGUCAUCUAUAAAUCACUGCUAGGCAAAUCUCCGCCUUAUCUUAGCUCAUUGGUCACCAUAGCAACACCCACCCGUACAUUUACAUUUACAUUUACGUCAUUUAGCAGACGCUCUUAUCCAGAGCGACUUACAAAUAGGUGCAUUCACCUUAUAGCCAGUGGGAUAACCACUUUACAAUGUGUUUUAUUUUUAUUUAUUUAAUAUAUAUAUAUUUUUUAAAGUUUUUUUUUUUUUUUUGGGGGGGGGGGUAGAAGGAUUACUUUAUCCUAUCCCAGGUAUUCCUUAAAGAGGUGGGGUUUCAAAUGUCUCCGGAAGGUGGUGAGUGACUCCGCUGUCCUGGCGUCGUGAGGGAGCUUGUUCCACCAUUGGGGUGCCAGAGCAGCGAACAGUUUUGACUGGACUGAGCGGGAACUAUGCUUCCGCAGAGGUAGGGGAGCCAGCAGGCCAGAGGUGGAUGAACGCAGUGCCCUCGUUUGGGUGUAGGGACUGAUCAGAGCCUGAAGGUACGGAGGUGCCGUUCCCCUCACAGCUCCAUAGGCAAGCACCAUGGUCUUGUAACAGAUGCGAGCUUCAACUGGAAGCCAGUGGAGUGUGCGGAGGAGCGGGGUGACGUGAGAGAACUUGGGAAGGUUGAACACCAGACGGGCUGCGGCAUUCUGGAUGAGUUGUAGGGGUUUAAUGGCACAGGCAGGGAGCCCAGCCAACAGCGAGUUGCAGUAAUCCAGACGGGAGAUGACAAGUGCCUGGAUUAGGACCUGUGCCGCUUCCUGUGUAAGGCAGGGUCGUACUCUCCGAAUGUUGUAGAGCAUGAACCUACAGGAUCGGGUCACCGCCUUGAUGUUAGCGGAGAACGACAGGGUGUUGUCCAGGGUCACGCCAAGGCUCUUCGCACUCUGGGAGGAGGACACAACGGAGUUGUCAACCGUGAUGGCGAGAUCAUGGAACGGGCAGUCCUUCCCCGGGAGGAAGAGCAGCUCCGUCUUGCCGAGGUUCAGCUUGAGGUGGUGAUCCGUCAUCCAUACUGAUAUGUCUGCCAGACAUGCAGAGAUGCGAUUCGCCACCUGGUUAUCAGAAGGGGGAAAGGAGAAGAUUAGUUGUGUGUCAUCAGCGUAGCAAUGAUAGGAGAGGCCAUGUGAGGAUAUGACAGAGCCAAGUGACUUGGUGUAUAGCAAGAAUAGGAGAGGGCCUAGAACUGAGCCCUGGGGGACACCAGUGGUGAGAGCACGUGGUGCGGAGACAGCUUCUCGCCACGCCACUUGGUAGGAGCGACCGGUCAGGUAGGACGCAAUCCAAGAGUGAGCCGCGCCGGAGAUGCUCGGAGAGGGUGGAGAGGAGGAUCCGAUGGUUCACAGUAUCAAAGGCAGCAGACAGGUCUAGAAGGACAAGAGCAGAGGAGAGAGAGUUAGCUUUAACAGUGCGGAGAGCCUCCGUGACACAGAGAAGAGCAGUCUCAGUUGAAUGACCAGUCUUGAAACCUGACUGGUUUGGAUCAAGAAGGUCAUUCUGAGAGAGAUAGCAAGAGAGUUGGCUAAAGACGGCACGCUCAAUAGUUUUGGAGAGAAAAGAAAGAAGGGAUACUGGUCUGUAGUUGUUGACAUCAGAGGGGUCGAGUGUUGGUUUUUUGAGAAGGGGUGCAACUCUCGCUCUCUUGAAGACGGAAGGGACAUAGCCAGCGGUCAAGGAUGAGUUGAUCAGCGAGGUGAGGUAAGGGAGAAGGUCACCGGAGAUGGUCUGGAGAAGAGAGGAGGGGAUAGGGUCAAGCGGGCAGGUUGUUGGGCGGCCUGCCGUCACAAGUCGCAAGAUUUUAUCUGGAGAGAGAGGGGAGAAAGAAGUCAAAGCAUAGGGUAGGGCAGUGUGAGCAGGACCAGCAGUGUCAUUUGACUUAACAAAAGAGGAUCGGAUGUCGUCAACCUUCUUUUCAAAAUGGUUGACGAAGUCAUCCACAGAGAGGGAGGGGGGGGGGGGGGGGAUUCAGCAGGGAGGAGAAUGUGGCAAAGAGCUUCCUAGGGUUAGAGGCGGAUGCUUGGAAUUUAGAGUGGUAGAAAGUGGCCUUAGCAUAAGAAAAAGAUGAAGAAAAUGUAGAGAGGAGGGAGUGAAAAGAUGCCAGGUCCGCAGGGAGUCUAGUUUUCUUCCCUUUCCGCUCAGCUGCCCGGAGCUCUGUUCUGUGAGCUCGCAAUGAGUCAUCAAGCCACGGAGCUGGAGGGGAGGACCGAGCCGGCCGGGAGGAUAGGGGACAUAGAGAGUCAAAGGAUGCAGAAAGGGAGGAGAGGAGGGUUGAGGAGGCAGAAUCAGGAGAUUGGAGGGAGAAGGCUUGAGCAGAGGGAAGAGAUGAUAGGAUGGAAGAGGAGAGAGUAGCGGGAGAGAGAGAGCGAAGGUUGCGACGGCGCAUUACCAUCUGUGUAGGGGCAGAGUGAGUAGUGUUGGAGGAGAGGGAGAGAGAAAUGGAUACAAAGUAGUGGUCGGAGACUUGGAGGGGAGUUGCAGUGAGAUUAGUAGAAGAACAGCAUCUAGUAAAGAUGAGGUCAAGCGUAUUGCCUGCCUUGUGAGUAGGGGGGGACGGUGAGAGGAUGAGGUCAAAAGAGGAGAGGAGUGGAAAGAAGGAGGCAGAGAGAAAUGAGUCAAAUGUAGACAUAGGGAGGUUGAAAUCACCCAGAACUGUGAGGGGUGAGCCAUCCUCAGGAAAGGAACUUAUCAAGGCGUCAAGCUCAUUGAUGAACUCUCCAAGGGAACCUGGAGGGCGAUAGAUGACAAGGAUAUUAAGCUUAAAUGGGCUAGUGACUGUGACAGCAUGGAAUUCAAAUGAGGAGAUAGACAGAUGGGUCAGGGGAAAAAUUGAGAAUGUCCACUUGGGAGAGAUGAGGAUUCCUGUGCCACCACCCCGCUGACCAGAUGCUCUCAGGGUAUGUGAGAACACAUGGUCAGACGAGGAGAGAGCAGCAGGAGUAGCAGUGUUUUCAGUGGUAAUCCAUGUUUCCGUCAGCGCCAAGAAGUCGAGGGACUGGAGGGUAGCAUAGGCUGAGAUGAACUCUGCCUUGUUGGCAGCAGAGCGGCAGUUCCAGAGGCUGCCUGAGAUCUGGAACUCCACGUGGGUCGUGCGUGCAGGGACCACCAGGUUAGAAAGGCAGCAGCCACGCGGUGUGAGGCGUUUGUGUAGCCUGUGCGGAGAGGAGAGAACAGGGAUAGGCAGAGGCAUAGUUGACAGGCUGCAGCAGAUGGCUACAAUAAUGCAGAGGAGAUCGGAAAAAAAUGAACUAAACAUCUGGGAAAGGAGAGAGCGGGGCCUCCCUCACCACAACUCCCAAAUAUAACUCUCCCAACUUCCACCUCAGAAACUAUAAUUGUUGUAAACUACAGCGGUUCAAUGUUUUCUAGGAAUAGACUAACUUAGUUUAUUCAACUAGCUAACUAGGUGCAGUAUUAUUCCGUGAAAAACGUCCGGGCACCUCGUCAUAAGACGCCACAGCCAGCUAGCAUGCCGGUCUCCAACAACACAGUUUAGCGCCAAUACUCAGCCACAACAACCACCAGUGUAUCAACACGCAAGCAGAUCGUUCGUGUCCGUGUCUAACGUUGUGGGUUAGUCCCGACAGCUUGAGCGAGUCCGUCGUCAACUUAUUCAGCCAGUUAGUUAGCUAGAAUAGUUAGCAAACUAGCUAGCCAUUGCUUUCAGACAAAGAAGAACCCCUCCUUUCACGGCACGAACACACAGAGAGAGCCAAACUAACGUUAACUAGUCACCCAUGUCCCGAAUUCCUUGAGCGACUCGGGCUAUCAAUAUGUAAAAAACAAAACACAAGUGUAUGUUAUGACUUACCCCUAGCAGCUACUGUUAGCUAGCCAAGUGCAAAGCUAGCCACUGAAUUGACUCAGCCAGUUCGCGUCUGUUCGCUCGGUCGUUCCAACUAUUGUUUACUAGUAGCUAUCCAGGUAGCAACAAGCUAGCUAAAUUACAAGCACAGUAGCCACUUGCUACCUAACGUUAACACCCGUAGUAUGCGCUCCAGCAGGUAUAUCUCACUGGUCAUCCCCAAAGCCAACACCUCCUUUGGCCGCCAUUCCUUCCAGUUCUCUGCUGCCAAUGGCUGGAACAAUUUGCAAAAAUCUCUGAAGCUGGAGACUCUUAUCUCCCUCACUAACUUUAAGCAUCAGUUGUCAGAGCACCUUACCGAUCACUGCACCUGUACACAGCCCUUCUGAAAUUAGCCCACCCAACUACCUCAUCCCCAUAUUGUUAUUUAUUUUGCUCAUUUGCACCCCAGUAUCUCUAUUUGCACAACAUCUCUUGCACAUCUAUCAUUCCAGUGUUAAUACUAAUUGUAAUAAUUUUGCACUAUAGCCUAUUUAUUGCCUUACCUCCAUAACUUGCUACAUUUGCACACACUGUAUAUAUAUUUUCUGUUGUAUUUUUGACUUUAUGUUUUGUUUUACCCCAUAUGUAACUCUGUGUUGUUUAUUUUAUCGCACUGCUUUGCUUUAUCUUGGCCAGGUCGCAGUUGUAAAUGAGAACUUGUUCUCAACUGGCUUACCUGGUUAAAUAAAGGUGGAAAAAAAAAUUAAUAGUACUGUAGUUCAUUCAGUACAUUACUAAUAAAUGAAUAAAACUUUCACAUAAUUAGGACGUCUAAAACCUGUCUGUAGUACUCUGAAACUAACUCUGUUUUUGUUUUCCAUCAUGUCUUAUAGCGGUGCUAUCUCAAGGUAGGUUUACUAGGUGUCUGUAUGUCUGUAAGGUUCAAUGUACACCCGUAGACAUACACUACAUGGCCAAAAGUAUGUGGACACAUGCUUGUCGAACAUCUCAUUCCAAAAUCAUGGGCAUUAAUAUGGAGUUGGUCCCCCCUUUGCUGCUAUAACAGCCUCCACUCUUCUGGGAAGGCUUUCCACUAGAUGUUGGAACAGUUCUGCAGGGACUUGCUUCCAUUCAGGCACAAGAGCAUUAGUGAGGUCGGGCACUGAUGUUGGUCGAUUAGGUCUGGCUCGCAGUUGGCGUUCCAAUUCAUCCCAAAGGUGUUCGAUGGGGUUGAGGUCAGGGCUCUGUGCAGGCCAGUCAAGUUCUUCCACACUGUUCUCAACAAACCAUUUCUGUAUGGACCUUGCUUUGUGCACGGGGCAUUCUCAUGCUGAAACAGGAAAGGGCCAAACUGUUGCCACAAAGUUGGAAGCACAGAAUCGUCUAGAAUGUCAUUGUAUGCUGUAGCAUUAAGAUUUCCCUUCACUGGAACUAAGGCGCCUAGCCUGAACCAUGAAAAACAGCCCCAGACCAUUAUUCCUCCUCCACCAAACUUUACAGUUGGCACUAUGCAUUCGGGCAGGUAGCGUUCUCCUGGCAUCCGCCAAACCCAGAUUAAUCUGUCGGACUGUCAGAUGGUGAAGCGUGAUUCAUCACGCCAGAGAACGUGUUUCCACUUCUCCAGAGUCCAAUAGCAGCGAGCUUUACACCACUCUAGCCGUCGCUUGGCAUUGCGGAUGGUGAUCUUAGGCAUGUGUGCGGCUGCUCAGCCGUGGAAACCCAUUUCGUGAAUCUCCCAACUAACAGUUAUUGCUUCCAGAGGCAGUUUGGAAGUCGGUAGUGAGUGUUGCAACCGAGGACAGAUGAUUUUUACGCGCUAUGCACUUCAGCACUUGGCGGUCCUGUUCUGUGAGCUUGUGUGGUCUGCCACUUCGCAGCUGAGCCAUUGUUGCGCCUAGACGUUUCCACUUCAGAAUAACAGCACUUACAGUUGACCGGGGCAGCACAUUUGACUGACUGACUUUUUGGAAAGUUGGCAUCCUAUGACGGUGCCAUGUUGAAAGACACUGAGCUCUUUGGUAAGGCCAUUCUACUGCCAGUGUUUGUCUAUGGAGAUUGCAUGGGUGUGUGCUCGAUUUGAUACACCUGUCAGCAAUGGAUGUGGCUGAAAUAGCCGAAUCCACUAAUUUGAAGGGGUGUCCACAUACUUUUGUAUAUGUAGUGUACUAUUGCCAGUUUCACUCGGAAUGUCAUUUCAAAAUAAGAUCUCCAAAGACUUGGAAGGGACGCAGUUAUGGAUUGGAAUGGGUAUUUAAUGUAAGAAGCUGCUGGGGUCAGUUAGUGGAACAGCAUUCCUAAAUGGUAAUUGAAUAACACUACAGUGAAAAGACACAUUUAUAAACAUAUUCAUAUAUAAACACAUAACAAAUAUAGGCACAAAUUAAAUGCAUCAUCGUUUAGAUUGCAAAGUAUAAUGUCAUGCAUACAAAAUGUUUUGAUGGUUUACUGUGAGUCCUGUUAUGCUAUGGAUACAGUCCUCAACUGUCUGCUGAAACAACAUCCAGAUCUUGUUCUGUCAGUGUACAGUUUGUCUGUGUUCAUCUUCUAUGUAGGUGGAUUAAGUGCAUGCAAAAUUAACAAAGUUUGCUGUUUUCUUUUGUUAUUGUUGUUUGUUUAUGGUCAAUGUUUCCGUCAUCUGGUCAUUGUAAACAUUAAAUGUGAAUUGAGGAGCUGCAUCACAAUACACCAACCAAUAGUCUUGACGUCCUGGCAUGGUGUAAUACACAUUCUUGACACUAUUGGGGAGACCCACUCCCAGCAAAGUAACACAGCAUAGCUCAGCUUUGACACACAUACUAACCCUCAGGUCAUCAUUUGUAUAACUCUACUAUGCUUUACUAUAUCCACUAUAUAUAACAAUAACAUAUAACACUCCUCUCUCCCUCCAAGAGGAAAGGAAAGCCACCGAAUUCUAGUUUCCUGCCACUAAUGUAUCUAUGGCAUAGGCACUUCCCUUAGCCGUGUUUCCUUGUCUUGUUCGACGUGGCAGAGGAGGUUUAAAGCCCAAUGAAAUAUUAAUUGACACUGUUAAGAUCCUGGUAUGUCAGAUGCAAAAAUGUAACCCUAUAAGAGGAUGAGGGUGGGUUGGUUCAACUCUCUCGUGAUCAUUUGAUGAAAAUGUAUUACUGGCCUAGGCCGCGAUUGGGUCGUUGUUUUUACAACAUGCUGUGGACUAUAACGACAGUGGUGCUUAUAUAAUGUGUGGUAUUGAGAUUUGUGUUGUUUUUGUGCUUUAAAUCAAGCAUACUAUACUGUCUGUAUGGGGGUUUCAGUUCAAUAUUAUUCACAUUCUGUUUUUCUUUUUUUAAGAUUGACUUUGCUUUGAUCAAUGUUAUGCGUGUUAACACACAAUGUACUGUGUCAGUGUUCUGUGGAACAACGCAAGGUUUACAGUCCCACUUGUUGGUGUGCAUGCAAAUCUUUAAACGCUCUCUGAACUCCCUCGCGGUGUACAGGCCAGACAGCAGGCCCAGAUGAAACACCAAGUGGCAGAGGACAGCAAGAAUGAAUACCUCACCUACCUGCAGAAGUUCAACAAGGAGCAGAAUGCACAUUAUUAUACCCUCAUACCUCACAUCUUUCAGGUAGUUCACCUCACUCACAGUACCGAAUGAUUGGAAGUGCAUCAGGGAGAAACUCACUGCAUUCACUAGUACGCAGUGCUUGACUUGGGCAGGAGCUCACCGGAGCUCCUCAUAUUUUCUACUGCUUGAGCACCUGCACCUCAUAGAAUAUUAGCUCCUGCACCUAAAUAUAAACAGUACCGGCACCCAAAAUGAGUACCGACACCUAUUUCAGUCCAAGUCAAGUACUGCCAGUACUCACAUCCACCCUAUUCACAAUAUAACUGAUGUGUAUGUGAUUGGCAACUCACAAUCCUAUUUUAAGUGAUAGUAAUCAAACAAUGUCUUCUUUGCUGCAGAAACUACAGGAGAUGGAGGAGAAACGGAUCGAGAGAGUGGGAGAGUCUAUGAAGACUUACGCAGAGGUCGAUCGGAAAGUGUUACCUAUUGUUGGCAAAUGUUUAGAUGGCAUGACCAAUGCAGCAGAAUCCAUCCAGCCAAAAAUGGUUAGUAGGCCUGCUGCAUGUUUACAACAUGUUUCUUGUUAUGUACAGUCAUUUUCCAUUGUGACAAACUGUGAGGAAAGUGCAUAGGAAAAUCUGUUAUACAUUUUAGUGACAUCAUUUGACUGGAUUUCUAUAUAAAAGAGCGGAGAGAAUAUUAUUGCAGUUGUUCGUUGUUCUAUUCGCUGAAGCUGUGAAGGGUUAGCAGCCCACUAAAUAUAGGAGGAGAAGAUCCAUUAUUUACACCAUCAAAACGCUGACUUUGGCGCUUCGUUAAUGGCUGUCCCACUUUCACAUUAAUGAGAUGUGAUUGUUGCUAGGCAAAGUCGCACACGGGUUUCAUCAACGAUAGUGACAGUUUUAUUCUAUAUCUCAAAGGAAUCCAGUUUUGGGGCAUUUGUUAACAUAUACAUUUACAUAUGGUAAAAAAAGAAAUACAGUAGCGUGAACUCAGUUUUACUAUGUAUCUGAGAUCAGUGUUGGUCUAUGAUCAGCCCCCCAACCCCCAUCCAUUUAUUAUAGCGAAGAUAAAAAUGUAUCCUAGAUCAGCACUUUUACUCUAAAACGCUUUCUGUGGUGUGUUCGAAGAGCCAUGCCUUUGCUGUAAUUGUGUCUCCCUGCGCCAGAUAAGAGUUUGAAAAUGCUGUAGUUUUGAAGUUGGCUUCCGAGAGGAAUACUUACACUUUAAAGUGCAAAUGAGUUUCUGCAAUUUGGUUCAUUUUGGUGCCCUCAAGCUGAAAUACAUUUGGUGAAUAUUCAUAAUAUUCUGUCUGUUAUACAUUAAUGAACUCACUAUCCCCAACAGGACACCAAGCAGGUGGUGGAAUCCUACAAGUCUGGCUUCGAGCCACCUGGCGACGUAGAGGUUGAGGACUAUAGUCUGUCUAUGAGGCGGACUGUGUCAGAGUCCAGCUAUCUAAACUCGCGAGGGGAGAGCAAGCCCAGCCGCAGCAACAGCAGGGGAAAACUGUGGCCUUUCAUCAAGAGAAACAAGGUAAGGCCAACACCGUCAGUCCACAAGACUGCCCUCUACCUACUGUACUGUACUAGCCAGGGCCGCGUUCGGCAGGGCCCCACGCUGUGGAAUGUUCAGGCAGAAAUAUAUGUUGACGAACACACGCACGUCUCUGACAUUAAGAAUAAGGAAUCCUGUCCACUCUCGUCAUUGUAUUUCCAUCUGAAAUGUUCCACGUUUCCACAACUGAAUGUGGCCCAGGUGUCUGACUGAAUGUGGCCCAGGUGUCUGACUGAACGUGGCCCAGGUGUCUGACUGAAUGUGGCCCAGGUGUCUGACUGAACGUGGCCCAGGUGUCUGACUGAACGUGGCCCAGGUGUCUGACUGAACGUGGCCCAGGUGUCUGACUGAACGUGGCCCAGGUGUCUGACUGAACGUGGCCCAGGUGUCUGACUGAAGGUGGCCCAGGUGUCUGACUGAAGGUGGCCCAGGUGUCUGACUGAACGUGGCCCAGGUGUCUGACUGAACGUGGCCCAGGUGUCUGACUGAACGUGGCCCAGGUGUCUGACUGAACGUGGCCCAGGUGUCUGACUGAACGUGGCCCGGUGUCUGACUGAACGUGGCCCGGUGUCUGACUGAACGUGGCCAGGUGUCUGACUGAACGUGGCCCAGGUGUCUGACUGAACGUGGCCCAGGUGUCUGACUGAACGUGGCCCAGGUGUCUGACUGAACGUGGCCCAGGUGUCUGACUGAAGUGGCCCAGGUGUCUGACUGAAGGUGGCCCAGGGUGUCCUGACGGAAGGUGGCCCAGGUGUCUGACUGAAGGUGGCCCAGGUGUCUGACUGAAGGUGGCCCAGGUGUCUGACUGAAGGUGGCCCCAUGGGUCUUACUGAGGUGGCCCAGGUGUCUGACUGAAGGUGGCCCAGGUGUCUGACUGAACGUGGACCAGGUGUCCAACUGAACUGGAGAGGGAUAUAUUUUUUUAAAAUAUGAAAUAAAUGCUUGUUGGAAACACUAUAUCUAAAUGUUCAACUUGUGCUGGACACAGUGUUCACUCGUCAUACAAUAACAGUUACUUAACCGCUGCCGUCUUAAGUGUUGUUAACCAGAUUCUUUCUGUUGUCCUUCCAUAAUUUAAUUAUUUGUGGUGUUACUUUUCCUGAUUUCUUUCUGUUAUUGUUUUGUUCCAUACCACUCCAUGACCCUUACCCAUAGCUUAUGUCUUUGUUAGCUUCCCCACGCCAACCACCCCCUCCACCCCCUACCUCCCCAUCACCUGGUGCCGUGCCAAACGGCCCCCAGUCUCCCCAGCAACCCAGUGAGCCCCUCUCCCACCGCCUCAACGAGUUCAUGACCUCCAAACAUAAAAUGCAAUGCUUAAGGAGUCUGAAGCGUGGGGUAAGUUGAUUUUGUACGGGAAGAUUGACUCUGUGCUUUAUGACAUUGACGUAGUGCCUAUGGGCUACUGAUAGUGGUUCCUACUACAGUUGCUCGAUCCCUUUGAAUGGCAUCCGACCGGGCCUACCACCUGGCCUACCACCUGGCCUACCACCUGGCCUACCACCUGGCCUACCACCUGUAGACAAUCGUAUGGAAGUUGUGUUUAUUCUGGCACUGUGUCCAAAUUUCCAAUUUAUGGUUGGUGUGUGUGUUUCAUGUUAAUUGUUUUAAGAUUUGUUUAUACUGUAGGUGGACAAAAUGCUGCCAAUGGCGAAUGAACUGUUCAGACUGACAUGCCAUAUAUCUUAAUAUCCACAACCCUUCAUUGUUGCUUGUACAGUUUCAUACUUCUGUCUCAAAGUUUCAAACGUAUGUUGACAUUGUGUAUUUUUUGUCCCAUUGUCUCCCCUCACUUGGAAAGCUUUCUCUCAAGCUGGUAAGCACGACUGUUUUCAUAACUCUUCAGAUGGUUGAUGACUAUAUGGUUUUGUAAUGCACACAUUACAGGUGCAAUCUACAUCACUAUAGAGGAAUCUAAAGUGUGUACUUUCAACUGAAUAUGCUCAUCUCAGAUCUCAUUGUUGCUGACAACAAUAUAAAGUGCAGUGCUGUGAAAAAGUAUUUGCCCCCUUUCUGAUUUUCUCUAUUUUUGCAUAUUUUUGACACUGAAUUUUAUCAGAUCUUCAACCAAAACCUAAUAAUAAAUAAAGGGGACCUGAGUUUACAAAUAACAACAAAAAAGUAUACUAUUUUAUUUAUUUAAUUAACAAAGUUAUGCAACACCCAAUUCCCCUGUUUGGAAAAAUAAUUGCCCCCUUACACUCAGUAACCGGUUGUGCCACCUUUAGCUGCAAUGACUGCAACCAAAUGCUUCCUGUAGUUGUUGAUCAGUCUCUCACAUCACUGUGGAGGAAUUGUGGCCCACUCUUGCAUGCAGAACUGCUUUAACUCAGCGGCAUUUGUGGGUUUUCAAGCAUGAACUGCUCGUUUCAAUAAGUAUGUAAUUGUUGUGUUAUUUGUUCACUCAGGUUCCCUUUAUCUAAUAUUAGGUUUUGGUUGAAGAUCUGAUAACAUUCAGUAUAACAAAUAUGCAAAAGUAUGAAAUAACACAUAUGGAAUCAUGUCAUAACCAAAAAAGUGUUAAACAAAUCAAAAUAUACUUCAAAUAGCCACCCUUUGCCUUGAUGACAGCUUUGCACACUCUUGGCAUUCUCUCAACCAGCUUCACCUGGAAUGCUUUUCCAACAGUCUUGAAGGAGUUCCCACAUAUGCUGAGCACUUGUUGGCUGCUUUUCCUUCACUCUGCCGUCCGACUCAUCCCAAACCAUCUCAAUUGGGUUGAGGUCGGAGGAUUGUGGAGGCCAGGUCAUCUGAUGCAGCACUCCAUCACUCUCCUUCUUGGUAAAAUAGCCCUUACACAGCCUGGAGGUGUGUUGGGUCAUUGUCCUGUUGAAAAACAAAUGAUAGUCCCACUAAGCCCAAACCAGAUGGGAUGGCGUAUCGCUGCAGAAUUCUGUAGUAGCCAUGCUGGUUAAGUGUACCUUGAAUUCUAAAUAAAUCACACAGUGUCACCAGCAAAGCACCCUCACACCAAAACACCUCCUCCUCCAAUUUGGACUCCAGACCAAAGGACAAAUUUCCACCGUUCUAAUGUUCAUUGCUUGUGUUUCCUGGCCCAAGCAGGUCUCUUCUUCUUAUUGGUGUCCUUUAGUAGUGGUUUAUUUGCAGCAAUUUAACCAUGAAGGCCUGAUUCACACAGUCCCCUCUGAACAGUUGAUGUUGAGAUGUGUCUGUGACUUAAACUCUGUGAAAGUAUCCUCUGCAGCAGAGGUAACUCUGGGUCUUCCAUUCCUGUGGCAGUCCUCAUGAGAGCCAGUUUCAUCAUAGCGCUUGAUGGUUUUUGCGACUGCACUUGAAGAAACGUUCAAAGUUCUUGAAAUGUUCCGUAUUGACUGACAAUUCCACAAAUUAACUUUUAAGAAGGCACACCUGUUAAUUGAAAUGCAUUCCAGGUGACUACCUCAUGAAGCUGGUUGAGAGAAUUCCAAGAGUGUGCAAAGCUGUCAUCAAGGCAAAGGGUGGCUAUUUGAAGAAUCUCAAAUAUAAAAUAUAUUUUGAUUUGUUUAACACGUUUUUGGUUACUACAUGAUUCCAUAUUUGUUGUUUCAUAGUUUUGAUGUCUUCACUAUUAUUCUACAAUGUACAAAAUAGUAAAAAUAAAGAAAAACCCAUGAAUGAGUAGAUGUGUCCAAACUUUUGACUGGUAGUGUAGGUCUGGGUGUUUAUUUGGUGGUUUGUUUUUUCAUAGGGUUCUGGCCCUGAAGAUUGUAGUCACCUGCCUCCUGAACAGAGGAGGAAGAAACUCCAGGCCAAAAUCAGUGACAUUAACAAGGAAAUACAAAAAGAGAUGGAUCAGAGGUAGAGUACAUGUGUGAUUGUCCAAUUUGUGAAUCUAGAUGAGUAGUUUUAAACUAACAGAACAAUUCUUCAAUAUGAAUGUAUGAAUGCGUUGUAGGGAUGCUCUGUCUAAAAUGAAGGACGUGUACAUAAAGAAUCCACACAUGGGGGACCCCAACAGUGUGGACCCACGAUUAGAGGAGAUCUGCCAAAAUAUUGACAAGUUACAACUGGAUGCAAGGAAAUAUGAAGUAAGUUGAAAUGUUACAAAGGAUCCAUGUCGAUGCAUGUUAGAUAUUUCAUGUUUGUCAGAGUAUGUUCUAGUGGUGGUGCUGACGACUCCAGACCACACACUAAGAUCUGGGUUGGAAUCUUUGUCUGCCACUUUCACCCCCGUCUUUCCCCUCAUCUUUCCCAUAUCGAUCCAAAAUAAAGACGAAUAAAGGGAGUGGGAUUCCACACACUAGUUAAUGUAUGUUCGUAUUGUUAUGUUCGUAUUCUUAUCUUUUAUUAUUUCUUAUUGGUGUUGCAUUGUCGAGAAGGAACCUGCAAGUAAGCAUUUUGUUGGACGGUGUAUACCAUGUGUAUCCCGUACAUACGACUAAUAAACCUUGAAAUGUAUCAUCAAGUACAAAUCAAGUAUUGUUGAGUCUAAACCUUUUGAUGUCUGUCUGCAGGCCUGGCUGGUAGAGGUGGAGACCAGGUUAGCGGAGAAGAGUGACCCACACAAACGACAAAGUGGAUUGUACGACUCCCAGACUACUACACCAGUCAACAACAACUGUGCACAUGUCAACCGAGAGAGGUAGAACAAAUGUGCCCCUUACUAUAUCUCAGAAACAGUGGACUAGCAGACAGAAUUAAAAAUAAAAAUAAAAACCUUGCUCUAGCUAGCUAACAAUGUCUGUCACAAGAGAUUACCAUAUGUUUUGACUAAAACUUGUUUGGGGGCUUGUUGCACAUUAUUUAUUAUGCUCUAAUUAUAACUGACAAGGACUGUCUAUUGACUCAAUGUAUGCUUAUUACCACGGCUUUAAAUGUAUGGGUUUAUGGAUUUGACAAGUCUCACCCGUGCCAUAUGUGCAAUUUUGGAUGAUAUGAUAGGCUGGUGACUUGAAAAAUUGCACAUACAGUAUCCAUGUUGUUGGUCUUUACUGUUGCUCUUUUAUGUGGUUAGCCCGGACGGCAGCUACACAGAGGAUCCUAGCACAGAGCAUCACCUCAAAUCUCGGAGCACCGACUUUGAUGAUGACUUUGAUUACGAGGACCCACUCCCCACUAUCGGAACCUGCAAAUCACUCUACCUAUUCGAAGGUAUGCCAAGGCCCCUUCUGGAAAUAUGUGUUGUAGAUUGGGGUUUGUUGUAUUUUUCAGAACAGAUGUCUCGCCUGGGUCAAAUAACAUGGAAUCAGCUUCUUCUGCCAUGUUAAAGAAAAGUGCUGCAAAGAAGAUAUAACUCAUCGGGGCAUAUUCAGAAAUGUAAAGUCUGUAUGUCAUUACAUAGGUUAUUGUUAGAUGAUUGCAAAUGAUCGUGGUGCUUCGCAUCACCCUGCGAGAUAGUUUUUCACAUUAACGAUCUACCGUUGGUGCAGCAUAGGCAUUUUGGAAGUAAGUAACAUUUUAACACACUCAGCUGUAAAAUAACAAUGACUUGCCGUUUUCUCUUUCCUGUCUCCUUCUCAGGUCAGAACGAAGGCACCAUUUCCAUGACCGAGGGGGAGCUGCUUUAUGUCAUAGAGGAGGAUAAGGGUGACGGGUGGACGCGGGUGCGUAGGAACGAGGACGAAGAGGGAUACGUGCCCACAUCUUACAUCAAGGAAUUUUUCGACACAAAUGCCAAAGGUGCUAUGACAUACAUAUAAUUGUCAUUGUUAGAGAGAGGGGAAAUGGGUGGACAAAAAAUUAAAUAUCUCCUGACAUUUCAACCCCCCUGAACUCUGGUGUUUCAGAAAUAUCACAGAAUCAUUGAGACAGAACUCUCAGAACAACGGACUGUAUUUACAUUUGUACUUGGGCUUUUUACCUUCUACCAUUUUGCACCCGUUAAAACUAAUUUAGGAGAAGGCUUUGUUUGUGUGUAUGAAGACGUGUGGAUAUGUUAAAUUGUCAGAACCAAGUUAAGUUGUUCGACCCCACUGUCGAUAUCAGCUACACCUUGCUUAUAGCACUAAUAAUAAUAACCAAUGUCAAUUUCUUGAUUUAUUUGACCAACAAAAUACCGAUUCUCAUAUUAGAGAGCAUUGCAUCUAAACAGAUCAAUUCCUAUUUGGAAUAGCUAUUAUUGCAUGCCUAAAGGGAGACUCGUUAUGCUCUGCACGCCUCCACUGCAUAUCAGCUAUGCCUUGCUUCUAGCACUAAUAAUAAUAACCAAUUUCUUGAUUUAUUUGACCAACAAAAUACGGUUUCUCAUAUUAGAGAGCAUUGCAUCUAAACAUAUCAAUUCCUAUUUGGAAUAGCUAUUAUUGCAUGCCUAAAGGGAGACUCGUUAUGCUCUGCCAGCCUCCACUGCAUUGCAUUCACAGUACAUCGUAUAUCUGCUCUUGAGCAGCAACCAUCAGCAGGGGAUUACUUUAAGAUUGCGAAGCAGAGAGGCGAACUAAAUCAGUUGUUGCAUGUGGCGUGUUUCAAAGAGGACAUGCCUGUUUACACAGUAAAGGAAAAAAAGCUAUGUGAUAUUUAGAAAAGAACGCGGCUUGCAUGUUAUCUUGAUUAGGAUGGUACAACAGACUAGUAAUGUAUUCUCUUCCACAAACUGUUGUUGACUCCUCCAAAAUCUGACAAAGGGGCUUCAUUGAAGCGCCUAAAUUACUGAAUGUCCUGCUAGGUUUACAGUGGUGUUCUCGACCGAUAAACGUUCAUUUCAUUCUGAAAAACAUGGUAACGCAACCACCACCAUUCUAUCAUUGGCAUGCGAUUCAUUUAUUUUGUAUAAUGAAUAAUGUAUCCCUGCUUUGCUUUUUUAUUUGAUACUGAGUUGUUCUGCAUGCUUGAACCAAUUGAUAAGUCAAAGUAAGUCAAAUCAGAUGAAUGAACAUAGUAUUGGAACCAGGUGAUAUACCUCUGUUUUGAAAAUGAUUAACACAUGUAGCCUCGAGUUUUCUGUACAUAAACAUGCUCUGGUGCAGCAUAGAUCCUACUCUAGGGAAACGUAAUCUACCACAAUAAUUGUCAGAAUGUGAAGGAAUGUCGUGGAAUGACUUUCCUCGUGUCUUGAUGCAUCACCUCUAACAUGUCUUGUGUGAUUUUUGUUUGUUUGCUUUUUUUGUUUGCAUUUUUUCUUAUUGCAGAUUCCUAAAAGUCUUUGGCUCGCACAGGGAUGGCAGGGCACAGGUCCUUGCAAAAAGCGCCCUCCUCUUAAAACUGUAGUCAGAGAGACGACAGACUAAAGGGACAAGUUGCAAGGCAGUCCAAUUUGCGACCCAGUACAGAAAUCCAUUGUGGGCUUCUGUUGAAUGGAGCAAAAACAACACACAUUGCGGGGCAACCACCAUUUCUAGUCAUUUUCCUAUUGAUUGUUUCUGCAAGCUUGGUUGUUGUUUUUCUAACUGCAGAUGGGUAUGUUCAUGUUGUGGCUGCUUGCUAUUAUACUGUACCUUGUCCCCAGGGGCGGUACCUGUUUAAAGGGAGGGGGGGAGUCUGAGACGGCCUUGUUACAUAUUGAAUAUUCCAACUAUUCCAAACCUGCAUUCAAGCUAUCAUCACGACAAACACUACACCGUAGGAAAAUACCCAUGGAACACUUGGGCUGGAAUUCAAUUGCUUAAUCCCAAUGUCGAAGAAAAAAAGCAAUUGUGUUUGUGCCACAAAAAAACAUGUUUACAGUAAUGUCAAUUAGACAAAACAGAAUAAAUCUACGUUUUCUUAGCACUGGAACAAUGUUGCUGAUUUUCCAGGGGAAUUCAAUUCCAGCUCUUAUUCAACACAGUAAUGCCUCAGGAUUACUGUACACAUCCAUGUAUCUAUUUUGGGGUAUAUAGAUUAUAUACCGAUCAUACUUAAAUUACACUGAUUGUUGGCUUGCAACAUAUCUGCACAAAUUUGUUUUGGCACCAAUUUCACUUUCGAGUUUUAGUUGGAAACUGUGACAAAUGACUGCAUUGUGUGAUCGUCUGACUCAAGCACUCAGUGCAGGUUUACUGGUAAGCAUACAAUCUGAACGGAGAUGACGGAUCUCUCUUCUCUCGUUUUGCUCUCCCCUAUUGGCUUUCAAUAUGAGUGACAGCUGCUCUCUCUGGCUACACCGCCACACAGGCAGUAGCUAUGGUGAUUGUCUCACAACUCUCUUUCUCCGUCUCUCACACUUUGUUUUCCCUUUUCUCUCUCUUUCUGACUACUUGUGGUGGCGGUAGCUACUCUUUGGUUGGCGCUAUGUUUGUCUACGCAUGCAUGCUUGCCCUGUCUUGCCUGUGCCAGUCCUACAGAGGGUCUGACUAUCUAUUACGUUAACUCAUCCCACCUUGUUCCUUUCUUACCCUGUGUUUGUGCCUGUGGUUUUGUAAUUUUAACAAAACAUUUUUGUGAGUUCGACAUUUCUUUUUUGUCAAUGCAAGCAUGACCACUUUUGCUUUUUCGAUGAAUUAUUGAUAUGUCCAUGCAGUUUUGCCAUCUUCCAGAGAGACACUGACAGUUUCAUAUCGCUCUUCUGUUUUAAAAGCUUAUUUUCACUGAAGUUAAUCUGGGAGCUGCAGCUCUUUGCAUUAGCUGAUUACCAACUCAAACUGACAAACGGAAGUUUUUGUAUGUCUAUUGAUAAAGAGAUGCAUAUUACCGAACUGAAGUUUCAGUGUAUUCUGGAAGUAUUUUGUGCUUUGAAUUCACUGUGUACUGUCCCUUAUACUGUACAGAACUGGUGUGAAAGCAAGGUUUAUUUCUUGACUGUUGAUAGUAAUGAUGUAAUUAUAUACUCUGGUGUGUGAUAUGUGAUAACUAUAUGCUAAAGCUUGGAAUCAUGUCUUUAUUUUAAGUUAUUUAUUUUAUAGUAAAUUCAUGCCUGUUUUAUUUAUUUUGAGAAGAAGAAUACCUCUUUGUUCCACUUUGGGAUUUGUUUCUCCUGGAAAUGUUUUCUGAAGUCUAAUAUACUAUGUUGGAGUUUGGAAAUAAAUAACACUAUGAAAUGGAAAUAAGGGAUGUAUUAUAUUCUGUAGAAAAGC